GGGAAUCCUCUGCACUGCCCGUCCGUCCCGUGCGCGUGCACCGGCGGCACCGCCCCAUGGCCGGCCCAUACUAGGCCCACACUGCCACAUGUCCGUCCUCGGCCAGCUCGAUGGCGCCGCCCAGCCGGACCCGCGCGCCGUUUGCGUAAUUAAGCCCCAAAAGCAUGAGACUUUUUCCAAAGUGUCAUGGGAGCCCCGCGCUGCACACGGCGACGACAGCACCAGCCCCCUCCCCCCCUCUCCUUACUUCCUUCGGGACCCCCGGGGGCUUCGCCGCGAUAAGGAGCACCUCUCUGCGACUACUAUCUUGCACUUGACAUCGAGGAGCGUGGACUAGGGACUAGGCACGUCGCAUCGCCGGACUGCUGAGCUCAUUCUGUGUCAUGUAUGGUCGAGAAAAUAUCGAAAUUUCCAAGCGUCAGAGCCAAAUCAAAGAUGACUAUGAACCAAAGGGUACUGAAGAAUGCAAAACCCUUGCUAACGGCAAUGCAAAGCCAGUCUCAGAUUCUCCUCAGGAUCCCGUCUGUGAAAAUAGCUGCAGACAGGAUGGGGUCUUAGUGAACAGUUCACAUGUUAUUAGUCACGACCUCAUUUUGCAGCCUGACCCUGAGCAGAACUUUAAUGGAAUACAAAAUGAUACUGAUAAAGCUAAGGAGGAACUACAAAGGAAAAGCUCUUAUGACACUAUAAAGCGUGAUUUUGAAUUAUCAGACUGCUUUGAAUUUGUCAGAGCAGGAGUAGAAGCAAUUAUUGAAGAUCAAGUUACUUCCAGAUUUGAAGCUGAAGAGCUCAGGGUAUGUUCCUGGAAUUUAUUAACACGUACCAAUAGACGUUAUGAAUUUAUAAGCUGGAGACUCACAGUAAUAUGGAUGGGUGGAUUCCUUUUAAGAUAUUGCUUUUUAUUUCCUCUCCGGGUAACAAUAUGCUUUUUUGGGUUGUUAUGGACCUUGGUUGCAACCUUUUUAGUCGGGUUUGUUCCUCAAUCUUCUUUCAAGAGAAUUUUAAAUAAUUGGGUGAUGCUAACAUCAUUCAGGAUUUUAGCUCGCUCUCUCUCUUCUGUCUUAACUUACCACAAUGUUGAGUUAAUGCCCAAAACCGGAGGGGUUUGUGUGGCAAAUCACACCACCCCUAUUGAUGUAGUUAUCUUGAGUACCAUGACCACCUUUUCUUUGGUGAUGUGGCUGACAUUUUGUACUAGUAUUGUUGGGUAUAUUCCGGAAGGGAAGUUCAAGAGGUGGUUAAAUCACCGUGUGUCCAUUAUGUGCUUUGGUGUCCUGUCAAAUGCAUUGUCAGCUGUCAUUACAUAUCAUAAUGUAGAAAAUCGUCCUCAGCAUGGCAUUUGUGUUGCUAAUCACACGUCCCCCAUUGAUGUUCUUGUUCUUGCCUGUGACAACUGUUACUCUUUGAUUGGGCAAAGACAUGGCGGGUUUUUAGGUAUUCUUCAAAGAGCACUUGCAAGAGCAUCACCCCACAUUUGGUUUGAAAGAGGGGAAGUGAAAGAUCGUACUGCUGUAACUCAAAGGUUAAAGAAACAUGUUUCAGAUCCAAACAAUCCACCCAUUCUUAUUUUCCCCGAGGGUACAUGCAUCAAUAACACAUCAGUGAUGCAGUUCAAAAAAGGCAGUUUUGAAGUGAAUGGUGCUAUUUAUCCUGUUGCUAUUAAGUAUGAUCCAAGGUUUGGUGAUGCCUUUUGGAAUAGCAGUCGGUACUCAAUGAUGCAGUAUCUGUACAUGAUGAUGACUAGCUGGGCAAUUGUCUGUGAUGUUUGGUAUCUUCCGCCUGUUAUCCGGGAGGAAGGAGAGUCCUCUGUCUCAUUUGCAAGCAGAGUCAAGAGGGUGAUUGCUAAACAAGGUGGCCUUGUAGAUCUAAUGUGGGAUGGCCAAUUAAAGAGAACAAAACCCAAACCAGAAUGGAAAGAAAGGCAGCAAGAAGAAUUCAGUAAACGACUGAAAGUAGAAUAAUUUUUAUAGUUUCUUUUAUAAUGGGGCAUCUAAAUAACUUCCAACCUGAAAUGUGAAAUAUUGGCCUUUUCAAUUUGUGAUAAUUUUGAUAAAUGGUGUUGUGGUGUGUGUUGUGGUUUCAGUCUUGGAUGAUGCAUUUAUGAAAAUUCUGGAAAUUUUCUAUUGUCUGUCAGGGUUCUUAUGAAAUGAAAUGAGGAGUCAUUUGUAAACUGUCUAUGAAGCAGAGUGUGAAAAAAUUAAUGUUCUAAUAUUUCUUCAUACUUUGGUUACACAGAGUGUUAAAUGCAGUUAUCUAUUUUGUUUUAGUCACACAAAUGCUGAUGACAAGUUUUGUUUUAAAGCUAUUAUUGUGAUAUUUCAAUUAUUUCUUCUGAUUAUUUUGUACUUUUGAAUUGCAGUUUGGUGUAAACCAAUUUUAGUCAAGUCAAAAAAUUUCAGAAAUGACAUUUUCAAUGUCUCUUAGUAUAUUUUGACCCCUGUCAUACUAGCUGCUUUCCUGCAUUUUAAGGUAGGUGGUUCCCACAAACAAAGUUUAAAUCAAUAUUGAUGCAACGCAUAAUUAGCAGGCUGUUUAAGACUGAAGUUCUUGUUUCUGUAGUCUUAUUACUGUAAUAUUAAUGAGUGUGUGCACAGAAUGUCUGAAUGUAAUUUAUUUUGUUAUAAGUUUGUUUUGUGAACAAGUUUUGCCUUUCUUAUGUUUUCCUGUCAUACAGUAGUAUUGAUGAAAGUAUCCUUGUUGAAUGAUUUUAUAUCUGAUGAUAUGUAGGUAUAUUAAUUGCAACUUUGUCACUUAAAGAAAAUAAGCACAAGGUGAAACUUUGUACUCUUUUCAUUUCUGUGAUGUUAAAAAUGGUUUCUUUAAAUCUUAUAUCUAAACCUGUGUGAUUCUGUUUUGUAUGUGCAAAUAUUAUGCCUGAAAUACUCACCUGCAUGCAGGCAUUGUUUCCUCUGCAGGUUUGUGCUAAGGUUAACUUCCUUUCUACGAGUGCUUUCCUGUUUUGAAAACGCAGUCUUAAUGGUAUCUAGGCCUCUUCUUCCAGUGAUCAGAAAUUCUGACAGUCUAUUCAUGACUGUGGUACCACAUGUCUGUAUUAUCUAAUAGUCAGUUACAUGCAAGCAAAGUAAUGUUUGCUGUUACAUUUUCUUGCAGCUCUUAUUUUUAAAAGAGAUUAUUUUUAUUAUUCUCUUAGCAUCUAAAUACUAAGGUUAGGUGAAACAAGUGUUCUUUUUCUUUUUGUCUUCCUAACAACCUAGUGAAGAACUGUGUUGUUUCUAUACUUCUUUGAAACUUUCAGUUGAUAUUUUAUAACUACUCUCCUCUUUUCAUUUAAUUAAUCUAGUGUUGUUUCAAAAAGUAGGCCUGAAGUCAUUUAGGUGCUCUAGCUUUGCAACUGUAAUAAUCAAGACUACAUUGUACAAAGUGUUUUUUGCUUCUGUCCUAUUUUAAAAAUUGUGAUGGUAGCGACUCCAGCACUGCUUCUUGAUUAAGGAGAAAAUGGAGUUAUAUGGUUUCAAAUUUCACUUGACUUCGAGUACAGAUCAAUGCCUCAUUCUUAUGUGAAAGAAACGCAAUAAGGGUCGUAUGUGUGUUUGUGUGUGUGUGUGUCUUUCAUUUUUGUUUUGGUGAAUUGCUUCUUUAAUUGAAGACCUACCAAUUCAAAUUUCAUUGUAAAACUUGUUGCAAUAUUUUUAACUACCUACGUAAUUUCAGUUUGUAGGCUGAUGCUUGUGCCUGUAAGGCAGUUAUCCUGUGAUAAAAGUUGUGUAACUGUUACUUUCCAAUGACUAAUUACUGUGUAAUUCUCUAGCAAGUAAAUUUGCACCUCUGAGACAUUAGGUGACAAUAAUAGUCUAGUCCCUCCAAUUGUGGAUUCAUAACUUGAUGAUGUGGCAUCAUUCCAUAAUAUGCUUGUCUCGAGUAAAUAAACAUAAAAAAUUA